AUGAGCGAAGCAGAAGCCACGACAAAGCCCAUCGAGGCUACUCCUGCCCCGGCGCAGGCGGAAAAAGCCAACGAGACGAGCGAGGCGGAACCUACCACCAAGCCCGUCGAGGCUGCUGCUGUCGCUACGGACAAGUCCGUCACCAAGACGAUGGACAAGACUGACAAGGAUGCCAAGAACAACAAAUUUGACCCCAGUGUGCGGGAGGUGACGGAUGAUCCUGUGGCUAUCCGCAAGCAGGUUGAAUUCUACUUUGGUGACUGGAACUUUGCCCAAGACAAGUUCAUGUGGGAAUCGUGCGGCGGGUCGGAAAAUAAGCCCAUGGCCAUUUCCACGCUUCACUCUUUCAAGCGCAUGCGCACUUUCCAACCCUACAGCGCCGUUGUUGCCGCUCUUCGCGAUAGCAAAGUUUUGGAGGUAUCGGGAGAAGAGGGCUCCGAGGUGGUGAAGCGCAAGACCCCUUACAAGCCGGCUGCCGAGGGCAAAGCCAAGAUCGAGGCUGCCACCGUCUACGUCAAGGGCUUCGGCGACGAGAACCCAGACACACAGUUCGACCUGGAGAGCUUCUUUGCGCAAUUUGGCGAGGUCAAGGGGUUGAAGCUUCGCCGCACCAACGAGGGCCUCUUCAAGGGAUCCGUCUUUGUCACCUUUGCGGACCAGGAGCUGGCCAAGAAGUUUCUUGAUUCCGACCCGAAGCCCACCUGGAAGGGAAACGACUUGAAGAUCAUGUCCAAGAAGGCCUACUGCGAGGAAAAGAGCGAGCUCAUUCGCCAAGGCAAGAUAGAACCCAACGCCACACAGCCACGCAAGUUCUACGAAGGCAAGGACUUUAGCGGCAACAAGAAGAAGGGGCGUAACGGCGGCGGCGGCGGCGGCGGCGGCCAGGACGACUGGAAGAAGAGGCGCGAAAACGACCAGAAGAACGGAUUCCGCGGAGGUCGCGGGCGCGGUCGCGGUCGCGGUGGCCGUGGAAGAGGCGGAGGUCGAGGCGGGAGAGAUGGUGGUCAUGCUCGUCAGAACAGCGACCACAAAGACAAGACCUACGAAGGCGGUAUGCCUUCCAUCCAAGCCACUGCUGGUGAUUCCAACGGAAAGCGAGCACGCGAUGAGGACGGGGUCGCUAGUGAACCUCCGGCCAAAAAGGUCGACACAAAAGAAGCGGCCGCCGCAGACAAGGUAGAAUGA